AUGAUCGCGUACGACGACGGCGACGAGGAGGUGGCCCUACUCUGCAAGGAUAAGGGGAAGCUGCUGCUGCACUCGGAGGCCGGUGCUCCCCACCACCCCCCCUCCCGCGCCGACGUGGAGGCACAGGCCGCGGCGCUGCUGCGCGCCGCCGACGCGCGCCAGGACGCGGCCGAGGCGGCGCUCGCGGCGGCGGCGGCGCCGGGCGGCGCAAGGCGGGCGCCGAGGGCGGACCCCAAGCACCAGCGGGCCUUUGAUGAGGCAAAUGCGUGGCGCUUGCGCGCCGCCGAGCUGAUGGACAUUGCGGAACAGCUGCCAGAGGCGGGGGCGGAGCAGCAGCCACAAGCGGCUGCGCCCGCAGCGGCGAAACCAGCAACAGCUGGAGGCGCCGGGGCCGCAGCGCAGGCGAAGCAGCGCUCGCCUGCGAAGCUGCAGGACAGGGGCCGGCAGCAGGAGCAGGCGCGGUCGCCGGCGCGGCAGCGGAAGGCGGAGCGUGAGGAGGGGCGGCAGCCACACGUGGGAGAGCCGCCGCCGCCACCGCCGCAGCAGCAGCAGAAGCAGCAGAAGCAGCAGGCGGAGCGACCUCAGAAGCAGCAGCAGCAGCAGCAGCAGCAGCAGCAGCAGCAGCAGCAGCAGCAGCAGCAGCAGCGGCAGCAGCCCCAGGCCCAGCAGCCCCAGGGCAAGAAGUCUCACAAGAAGCAGCAGCAGGCGGGACCAAGGGAGGAGGGCGCGCCCGGGCGCGAGCAGCCGCAGGGGCAGGGAGAGCAGCCCAAGCCCCCCGCGCGCGAGGACCAGCAGCGCGCGCCUGCACAGGCGCCACCCACAGGAACCGAGGGUGACAGGCAGCAGCAGGCGUCGGCGCCGGCGCCGGGCGAGGCCGCGGCCCCUCUGGCAGCGCCCGCCGCCGGCAGCCGCGUGGGCCAGGAUGGUUUGCAGCCCGCGGCUGCGGACGGCAGACAGGGCAAACAGCAGCCCCGGGAGUCGCCCUCCCCCGCACCCGCCGCGGCGGGGGCGCCGUCUGCGCCCUCCAAGGCGGCCGCGGCGAUGGAUGCCCCGGCCCGCAAGCGCGGCCGGGCCUCAAAGGCGGCGGAGGCAUCGAAGCCGACCGGCGCGGGCGAGGCGGCUGGCGGGGGCGAAGGGGGCGCAGCUGUCGAGGGUGGCGAGGCAAAAAGGGUCAAGGGAGCUGUGGCGCCGGCGGCGCUGGCGGAGGGCGUGGGUGCGGAUGCAACGACGCGCUCCGGCACGGAGGCUGGCUCGCCACCGGAGGCGGCUGCCGCGGCGGCGGUUGAGGCGCAGCUGCAGCUGCAGCAGGGCGGCGUCCCUGGGGCGGCGGUGGCAGAGGGGCCGGCGAGCGCGCCGGCGGCGGUGCCGCAGACGCACGCCGCAAUUUUGGCGGCCGCGGUGGCGACGGCCAGGGCCGCCGCCGAGCUGCCAAUCGAGGAGGCCCUCAGGGGCCUGCCUAGCGGCGAGGCAGCAGCCGCGCAGCUGCUGAGGCGAGGGCCUGCGGCGUCGCACCCGGCCAACGUCCCGGGCCUCGAGCCGGAGCACUUGGUCUGGGCCAGCCGCGCGCUGCCGCGGCAGCCGCCGCCGCCGAGCGCUGAGCUGGCGUACAGGGUCGAGGACAUGCGGGCGCGGCUGGCAGAGGCGCGGGAGGCGUUCGAGGCGGCGCGGGACGCCGGCGGCGCUGCGCUGCAGUGGCGCGAGAUGGACGUGUCCGCGCGUGUGGCGCCCGAGGCGCUGGUGGGGCGCGCGGUGCGGGUGUACUGGGAGCUGGACGACGCCUGGUUCCUCGGGGAGAUCACAGCCUGGGACGCGGUCAGCGCGCAGCACACAGUGCGCUACCAGGACGGCACGGAGGCCGCCCUCUGGGCCGGCGCCGAGCGCGUGCGCCUUGCCUUCAGCGCCGGCGCGCCGCUGCCGCCGCCGAGCGCUGUGCAGCUGCGGCGGCUGGCGGCCGCGUACUGGCGCUGGGGCGCCGCGGUCGAGGCCUGGCGGGACGCGCGGGCGGCAGGCAGCGGGGGAGGCGGCGGGGUCGGCGGCGAGGGGGAGGGGGUGGCGUAUGCGCGGCCCGGGUCUGAGGAAUGGGCCGUGCGCGGGUUUGGCUGCGCCGACGACGAGCGCGACAUUCCCGCCCUGCUGCGCGCCAAGGCCGCAGCCUUUGUCGGGCUCGCGGCGCUUGUGGACGGCGGCCGGGGGCGCGGGGAGUGGCGGGCCCAGCCGCAGCACGGCCGGGGGCGCGCGAGCAGCGGCGGCGGCGGCAGCGCGGGCAAGCACCGGGGCAAGGGCGCGGCGCGGCGGGCGUCGUCUGGCGCGCAGCAGCAGGCGGGGCGACCCGAGGGGACGGACAGCGCGGAGCCCACCGCGGGGUGCGGCGCGGAGGAUCCGCCGCGGGCGUCCGAUGCGGGCGGCGAGGCGGGGUGCGCGGCCGCCGGCGGCGUUCUACAGCCGCGGCAGGAGAAUGGGGAGACGGCGGCGUCGCCGGAGGGCUCGGGGCAGGGCGGGCUCGGGAAGGGGACACUGGUGGCGGAUGAGCAGCAGCAGCAGGAGCAGCAGCAGCAGCGACAGCAGGAGGUGGAGCAGACGCCUGAUGCGAUGGAGGAGGACGGCACGCGGGCCGAGGCGGCCCUCAAUCAGCAUCAGGAGCAGCAGAAGCAGCAUGAGCAGCAGCAGCAGGAGCAGCAGCGCGAGCAAAAGCAAGCCGGAGAGCACCGCGCGCAAGCAACCGCUGCGCCGCCACCCGGCGGCGAGGAGGUGCGGUUCAGCGCGGCGCCCGGCGAGGUGGUGUGGGUGACGUCCAAGAGCGACCCCGUGUGGCCGGCGCUGGUGAUCACCUGCGAGGAGGCCGACGACUUCAGGCGCCCCAGGAAGGACCCCCGCGUGCCCAUGGCCUGUGUCCAUUACUUUGGGACCGGAGGGGCGGAGUGCGGCCGCGAGCGCGUGCCGCUGUCCAGCCUCGUGCCGUUUGGCGUGGCGCUGGCGGCGGCGGUGUUCAGCGGCAUGCUGGUGCAGAAGCGGUCGAAGAAUAGCGCCGGCUACUGCAUUGGGCUGAGCGAGCUCAUCGCGUACCUCAGGGAGGGGGAGCUGCCAUCCCACAUGUGCCCUGAGCACAAUGACGAGCGGUGGUUUGACGACGCCGGCAGCGACGACGACGAGCCGCAGGAGCAGCAGCAGCAGCGGGAGCAGCAGCAGGCGGGCGCGGGGGCGGGGGCAGCCGGGGCCAGGACCAAGGCCGUGAGGAGGGCGCCCGAGGCGCUGGGGCCGGGCGGCGUGCGGCUGCCGCUGUCGCUGGGGCCGGGGCUCAAGCUGCUGUCUCUUGGCCGCGUGGAGUGGCUGAACCGCGCUUUCCACAGCGAAAAGUACAUCUGGCCGGUCGGCUACGCGGCCCGCCGCCUCGCGCGCACGCCGGCCGGCGGCGGCGACGAGGACGCGUGGCACACGGUGGAGGUGCUGGAGGCGGACGGGCGGCCGCUGUUCAGGGUGACACCCGACGGGAAGCCGCCCGUGGAGGGCCCCACGCCGACAGCCGCCUGGGCGGCGCUGUUCGAGGCCGCCGCGCCCGCUAAGGGCGCCGCCCCCGCGCCCCGCGCCGCCGCCGCCGCGCCCGCCGCCGCCGCGCAUGCGGCGGGGCGCUCGGGGCCGCUGGCGUUUGGUCUUCAGCACCCGCGCGUGCGCGCGCUGCUGCAGCUGCUGCCGGGCGCGGCGCGGCUGGAGCGGCUGCUCGCGUGGGAGGGCGGGGGGAGGCCCGAGGUGCCGCCGCUGACCGCCGAAGAGGAGCUGCGGCGCCGCGCUGACGAGGCCUCCCACCAGCGCCUCCCGCCCGGCGUGCGGCCGCAGCCGAUGCGGCGCCACCUGGCGGGCGUGUGCGACGCGUGCGGCACCGAGGCGGAGUAUGACGGGGACUGGCUGGUGGAGUGCGACAGAUGCAGGCUGCUCGUGCACAUGGGUUGCUACGGCGUGGCGCAGCAUCCCGCGGGCGCGCCCUGGCUCUGCGACGUGUGCCGCCUGCCCGGCCUCUCCGCGCCGCCGCCCUGCGUGCUGUGCCCGCGGGUUGGGGGCGCCAUGAAGCCGACGCGGGACGGGCGGUGGUGCCACCUGCUGUGCGCGACGUGGGUGCCGGGGGUCGCGGUGGCGGACGAGAUCAGGAUGGAGCCGAUCCUGGGGACUGACAAGCUGCCGGCCGCCCGCCUGUCGCUGACGUGUGGUGUCUGCAGGCAGCCCUACGGCGCCUGCAUCCAGUGCGCCGGCAGUGCCAAGUGCUACCAUGCUUUCCACGUGACCUGCGCCCGCGACGCCGGCUACAGGAUGAUCGUGCAGGGCAACGAGGAGCCGGGCGCCCACGCCGACGCCGACGGCGACGGCGCUGCCAGCGGCGGCGACGGCAACAGCGCGGCAGGCGGCAAGCCGCGCGGAGGCAGGCGGAAAGGCGGUGGCGGCGGCGGCGGCGGCGGCGAGGGGACGUCGGCGGGCGGGCUGUGCCGGCUGAU